AGAAACACUGGGGUUUAAACGAAAAGGAUCAAACGAAGGCUUAUUGUUAGAUGUGCGUGGGAGUCCGAUGGGUCUCCCUGUCAGUCAAACUGUCUGUUGCCAUCUGUGCCACUUUCUGCUGUCCUUCUAGUGGCCUCACGCCCCCUUUCAGGAUGUUCUUUUUACCAUGCAGGUAAUUACAGAGAAUUGGCUCGUUUCUAGUCGGAUCGGCACUGAUCAGUUGGACUCGGGCAGUCCGAUUCGUUUAGAAUCGCUGAUCGAGUCCGUCUCCUUCAUGUCAAGUUUCUCAGACCCUCGUUAGACAGCUUGUGCUGUUGACCGUCUCGUCGGGCCCGUUUCAUGUGCGAGUCCUCCCUUUGUGGAUGUCUCUAGUUCGGACUUGACACGGCAUUCUGUAAAGCGGGCUUUCUCGGCGCGAUUUGCAUGCAUUUGAACAGCGCUUGUUUCUUGUUUAAUAAGCUACUUGUGGUGCUGGCUUUGUUGUUUCAAGGACAUCCGGCUUUAUCUCCCAUUACCAACACCAGCCGAGCCACUAAUCACAUCAGACAAGCGCGACUCCUGCUUUAAAACGGCCUCUUUGUCCCUCCGUCCAAAGAAAAAGGAAGAAGAGAGAGAGGGGGAGAAGAAUAAAAGGAGAAAAAGCCACUUAGUUUAAUUUCAUUAAAUCUCGACUCUUCAAACGGCAAUCGCUAUCAGGAUUUACUUUUUUCUUUCUCUGCUUUUUAAAAAUGACUUAAUAUGCCAGGAUGUUCCAAUUAGCAUUUAAAUUAUCGUUGUUUUUUUACAUCCAUGUAAUGCCAUUAUCAUAUUAGGUUGAGACCGGCCAUCAAAUGCAAUUAACAUUUUUAAAAACGUAUUUACCCAGGCAGCGCCUGCAGGAACGGAGUUAUUGGGGCUCAGAAUUAUGUUAGCUGAGAUUAGAGUUAUUGAAGUCAUUUGCCUGCAAAGGUGAGAUUGGAACACUGAGGAAAGGUUUACAUCAGGUUACAUGUGUACAUAACAAGGAAAUUAGUGGAUUAGCUCCGUACGAACAGAGAGACGUUCGCAAUAUCACUACAAUAAAGCGUGACCUUAUACUCUCUUCCUCUGGGAUCUUCUUUUCCCUUUUUUUAUUUCAAAGGUGAAGAGUGUCAUUUCUGCAUGACUAGUGGCAGCAGACAGAAAAACAGUGAUUGUUUCCAAACACGCAGAGGCCGUGCAUUAAUGUUACUGGUGCUUGCUAAGGCAUCACUAUUAUUUGUGCUCAUAGUAAGGGAUUUGAGCAAACCCCUAACCCACAGUAUUAUGUUUAAAUGUGCUCUGGAAAUGAAUAAUGUAUCAAAACGUGUUGAGGAGAGGUGUACUAUUUCUUUUAAUAAUCAAAUCAAUGUUUUAUUCCUGGCAGAUGAUAAAAUGGGAGAGCAACUGCCUAGCCACCACACAAAACACCUUGGCAACUGUGUUUCAUGUGGUCGUUCCUCAACUAAGCCCUGUCAUGUGAAAACUUGCCCUGCAAAUGCAAAGAAGAAGCCAGGCACAGCGCCAUCCUGUGGAUACGAAAAGCCAACGGUGGCAUCCCAAAGCCGUGCUCCUUCACCCUACACCCACCGCAAGAUGUGUCAGCUGUCUGAGGAGGCCAGACAACGACUCAGCCACUUCAAACUGGGGCCUUACAUAUAUAAAAAAGAGACGGUCCCUCAGGCUCCAUUCGUGGUGCCCCGAAGCCCAAACACGUCGCUGAUGGAAUCCUCCAUGUGUUUUACACCUCAGUCAUCUAUUAAAAGAAGCCCACUACAUCAGCGAUCGCGGAGCUACACCACAGACCUCACAGAUCCCUCUCUUCUUGGAAGUUUCAGAUCAAAGCCCUCACAUGAGGCAUCCAUGCAGGCGACCAGAAGUCCUCAAAAUAAAUCCCCCAAAGAUCAUUCCACCCCUGUGUCCAUCACACUCAGAGAUCAGAGUCCGGUCCUGAGCCGCUCUUCCCUGAGAGAACGGUUCCAGAGUUCAUCCAGUCCCUCACAGUCGGAGGAGAUCCACAAACGAGUGCAGAGAAUCCUAAACAUCCACGGACCCCGCUGCAAGCUUUCUUUUGAUGAAGAGAGUGAGGAGGAGGAGGGGGUCAGACAGAGUUCACGUGUUUCCUCCCACCGUGACUCAGUAAUUGACAGCUGGCUGCCGCAGGACAGGCUUAUUCCGGCAGAACCAUCUGUUAAUUUAGACGGUGGAACAUUCUGGACUAAAAGAGCGGCUGCAUACACAGGAAAGCCCCACAGAGCUGCGUUUGAGGACAGUUUGAGCAAAAUCUACAAGAACCUCUAUAGAAACGCAUCACAAACAGGACACAGUGGACAAAGCACCUCCACACAAUGACCACAGAGAUGUGUGUGUUUGUG